AGCAUGUUGCCGUUCAGCAGCGUCUAGUGCUCAAGAGCAGUGUUUGUGUGCAUCCGAGGAGUGAAAAUGGGGCCGUUUUAUUGCGAGAUAUGCCGCCAAACGGAUUUCUCAGGAAAAGGACACAUCUAUGGGAAGAGUCACCAGAGCAAACUUAAAGUAGUUCUGGUUAAAUUCCUGGAGAAGGUGAAGGAAGCACGACGGACCAUUAAACAUCCUCAAGUGGAGAAGUUCGACGCUACUGAGCAUGAAAAGAAAUUCUGGUGUUACUGUUGUGGACUAGAGGUUCAGAGGCACGUCACUGACGGCAGAUUCACGGUACUGCAUGGAGCACUGCUGGAGCACAUGAGCACCCGAGAGCACCGCGCCAACACGCACGCUUUCUGGUGGAAGAAUAAAGCAGAUGCCAAACUGAAAGAGAAAUUCAUUAUCACAGAGGAAGAGGCUGAAAGAUUGAAGACCGAAGUUGCCAAAGCUCUUGACCAGUAUGAAGAGAAGGAGGACACAUUGAUGAAAGAGCAAGCUGCCAUUAUCAGAUAUCAGGAGCAUCACAGGCUGGAGGUCCUGCAGUCUCUAAUAGAGCCUGAUCCAGAGUUGCAGCAGUCUGCUGAACAGGGCCAGCAGAACACCGAGCAGACAGCCUGCAUGAAUUCAGACGUGGUAGAAAGCUUUCACCCUCACUCGUAUGGACACGGUGAGCAGGCAGGUCCCAGUCACGAGGACCCCUUUAUGGCAGAAUUGGGACAUGGCCUCACUUUCAUCGGCUAUCAGGACUCUGGCAGUGGGAAUGUUCACACAGGAGCUGUGCCUCCAUGGCUGCUGAAAGACCCUGAGGACGAGUCAGCGGGGAGCUCAAAACAGGAGAUUGGCCCUUCUGCACAGGAGUUCCUUAAACACAGACAGCAGGAGAAGCUUAAAAAACUCCCACCCAACCGCGUGGGGGCAAACUUUGACCACAGCUCUUACACAGAUGCCAACUGGCUGCCAUCUUUUGGACGAGUAUGGAACAGCGGCAGGCGCUGGCAGUCCAGGCAUCAGUUCAGACAAGAGGAGGCUAAAAGUGGACAGAAGAGAAAGAGGGACCAUGGAAGGAAGGCAACAAAGAAGCAGAAACACCUUAGUAAUGGAGACUUAUGAACAACAUUUGGUCCAGAUUUCUGGGUUCAUGUGGCUUCUCCCCGACCCCCCACCCCAGUAAAUCGAACACAGAGGCCCACCUGCCAUUAACAUGCGUAUUUGGUUGUCCGUUCCUAAGUGGACACCAGUAUAAGUACAGGUGUGAAAGGGCUCCGUUGCAACUUGGGGGUCGGAUCGCUCAAACAACCACUGAAGGUGGUCAGUUGAGUAGCCAUACAUUUGUAAGGUGAACACUAAUGCAUCCUCAACAGCAGAACCACCUAAUCAACAUCACCGCAUUUAUGAAAUUAGAUCGAAAGCGGUUACUGGACUUGCCAGGUAUAAACAACUGUCCACUUGUGAUCAGGUCACAUGAGACAGCCAGUAAUACCAGGUCUGAUCAGGGCUAUAGACAUUAGGGUCUGAAACUACCAGAUCCUACCAUUUUUGCAGUGGCCAAAGUUCCUGGAAUUGGGACCAUCAACAAGGCAUCUGUAUAGUAUGUUGUUGGUUUCUUAAGUCAAGUAAUUGACAGCCAGAAGUCUGAUCUGGCUGCUGUCAGACUAAUUUAGUUUGUAUUUCUCACGUUGAGAAUUCUUUACUUUCAAAUGUACAUUACUCCUACAUUUGUUCAUCAUAAACUAAUGUAUUUUUUUUAUUUUUUUUUAUUUAUCUCUUAAUUGAUCCCCUCCCAAACCUGAAACAGCAGUGUGCAGAAAGUAGUGACUGGGAUGAGAAAUCAGAUUCACUGUUUGCGUUUCCAGUUUAUUGAAUAAAUUUGCAACAUAUGAA